CCAGGCUAUUUUCCGGCAGCUGUGUUCCUUGUUCUAUGGAGAAGAAUGCUAAACUAUGUUCUUUGUGUGCUGGGAAGGGUAGUGACAAGUGUGCCUGCUCUGACAGAGAACCUUAUUUUGGCUACUCAGGAGCUUUCCAAUGCCUGAAGGAUGAUGUUGGUGAUGUGGCUUUUGUCAAACACACAACUGUGUUAGAGAACCUUAAAACUGAGGCUGAAAGAGAAGAGUAUGAGCUCCUGUGCCCUAAUAACAGAAGGGUACCCGUGGACCAGUACAAGGACUGCAAUGUGGCCAGGAUCCCUGCUCAUGCUGUUCUGGCCCGCAGUGUGAAUGGCAAGGAAGAGCAGAUCUGGGAGAUCCUUUCCACUGCACAGGAAAGGUUUGGCAAUGAAAAACAGGAGACAUUGCAGCUCUUUGACUCUCAUCAUGGAAAGGACCUGGUGUUUAAAGAUUCAGCCAAUGGACUUCUGAGGCUCCCUCCUAAGAUGAAUUAUGAGUAAUACCUGGGUUACAAGUACAUGAGGGCUGUUAAGACUUUGAGAAAGUAUAAGCACUUCAGUGAAUCUUGUGCUCCCGGUACUCAUGUUAAUUCUAGCCUCUGUGCCUUAUGUGUUGGCAGUCUAGAGACAGGGGGGUUGAACAAGUGUGCUGCCAACAGCAAGGAGAAAUAUUAUGGCUGCACAGGGGCAGUUAGGAGCCCUCCUCCUCCGUUGCAGUACCAGCUCAUCGGCUCCGCUAAACCCGCCCUGCUCAACAAGAGCACUGGAUUCUCGCAGCGAUUGGUAGAAACAGGUGAUUAUUUCUGCUCGGCCCCACCUCCCACCACGUGCUAG